UACCAUGGCGCUGUCGAAUAAAGGCGCGCGUGCAACCUCACUUUUGAACAGCCCGAGCGAGCGCGCGCGAUGACCGGCAUAGUGAAAGACCUCGUCUCUCAACAUCAUUAUCAUCGCAGUUCGUUGCCGUGACAGGAGCACGCUGAUGGCCGCGGGGCCGGUCUCAGCCGCUCACCACCACCACCUGCGCGUGUGUUCGGGCUAAAUGGAAGAACGGUGCGGACUUUGGUUUUCCUCCUCCUCCUCCUCCUCCGCGUCCUUCACGAGCGUUCGGCUCGAACAAAACGGGCUUUGUGGGCUUCUUCCUUUGAUAAUCCGGUUUUAUUCCGGGGGACUCUGAACGCGGUUCGGGAUUAGGCAGUUAGACGGGCGAAUGCGUUACGGUGCCGUUUCGAGAGCUCACUGCUCGGUCUUUUGUUUCGGUCUGGGUUUUGAAUGAAAACUACCUGGCGCGGAAGCACUCCGUUCCCCGGUGCUGCUAUGAGUUCCUGGUUGCUCGUGUACUGGAACCUCGUUCUCCGUAGUGCGCUGCUCGGUGUCGUGUCCGCCGCCGCAUCCUCUUCCUCUUUACCGGCUGAUAAUAAGUGCGGGUCACCCCUUGUCUCAACGUGUCGAGAGUGCCUGAGCCGUGGACCAGAUUGCUCUUGGUGCUUUCAGAAGAGCUUUCUGGAUGGAACGGACAUUAGCGAGAGGUGUGGUUCUGCCGCUCAGCUUAUGCUCAAAGGCUGCAGUAGGGAGUUUAUUGAGAAUCCUGGAGUUAAAGUAGAGGCAAACUUGACACUGAGCAGCUCACAGGUGACUCCUCGAGACAUUUCCAUCCAGCUGCGACCAGGCAGUGAGGCGAACUUCAUUAUAGAAGUGAAGCAGUUAGAACUAUACCCAGUAGACCUGUACUACCUGGUGGACGUCUCCGCCUCCAUGCAGGAGAACCUUAACCAGCUGAAGACCGUCGGAGAGAACCUUUCUUACCGCAUGAAGGAGCAUUCCAGUGAUUUCCAAGUGGGGUUUGGAUCAUUCGUGGACAAGCCAGUCUCUCCCUAUAUCGAUGUGCAUCCUUCACAAAUCAGUAACCCUUGUAGUGAUUUUGAGAUUGAUUGCCGGCCUGCGCACGGCUUUAUCCACGUCCUUCCCAUCACCAACAACAUGACAGAAUUCAAGCAUGUGAUUCAGCAGCAGAGGAUCUCUGGGAAUAUGGACACACCAGAGGGAGGCUUUGAUGCCAUGCUGCAAGCAGCUGUGUGUCAGAAAGACAUUGGCUGGCGUCCUGAAGCUAAGCACUUGCUGCUGUUCAUGACCGAUGAGCCAUCUCAUCUUGCACUGGAUAGCAAACUGGCAGGCAUUGUGGUGCCCCACGAUGGACGCUGCCACCUAGAAGAUGGCACCUAUUCCCAAUCUGCCCACAUGGAGCAUCCAACCAUUGGGCAGUUGGCAGAGAAGCUUCUACACAACAACAUUUACUCAGUUUUUGCUGUGAAGCACGUGCAGUAUGAGUGGUAUGAGGAUUUGGUGGCUUUCCUACCGGGUACUUACCUAGGCAUUUUACCUGGGAAUCUUACAAACCUAGUGGUGGAUGCAUACAAGAAACUGUUAUCAGAUGUCAGAGUGGAGGUGGAAGUCGAGGACAGAGAAGCACACAGAUUCUGGGUCAGCGUAAAAGCAGUAUGCCCGACCGGAUCUACUGCGUCAGGGAGCAGCAAAUGCACCAACGUUCAACCCGGGCAAAAAGUCUUCUUCAACAUCACAGUGGGAAUGCGAGCAUGUCCGGAAAGGGAUGAUGCUCUGCGGAAACCAAAUAAUCCUGAGGUUAAAUUGGUGGUGAAACCUGUAGGAUUUAACGAGUCCACAAUUGUACGAGUGCGACAAGCCUGUGUGUGUAGCUGCGGUGGGGCAGGACCUUGCCAUGACAAUCCGGAAACUCCCCCGUGUUCGUCUGGAAUCAAUUCAGCAGUUGAGAGGGGUUUGAUGGACAGUUGCCAAGAUGUGAAGUCUGGCCUGAUGUGCAGUGGCAGAGGAACUUGUGUGUGCGGGGCAUGUGUGUGUGACCGGAGCAAGCUUGGCACCAUCUACGGACAGUUCUGCGAGAAGGACGAUUUCUCCUGUCCCAACGAGAGGGGUGUAAUGUGUGGAGGACAUGGCCAGUGUGUCUCAGGGGAAUGCUUAUGUCAGCCUGGCUGGACAGGUGAGAGUUGUGGCUGCCCCGUCUCCACAGAAAGCUGUGUGUCGUCUGAUGGCUUGGUGUGCAGUGGGCAUGGAAAGUGUGUCUGUGGCAAGUGUGUGUGUGAUCACCUCCGACGCUCUGGAACAUUCUGUGAGAAGUGUACAACCUGCUCAAACGCCUGUCUAUCACACUGGAAUUGCGUGGACUGCCACCUGUCUAAAGGCCUUGAUGCAAAUGAUACACAACAAUGCAAUAGAAGCUGCACUGCGCUGGUGGCCUAUGUUGAUGACAUAACUGGGCUGAUCAGGGGGAAGUACUGUCUGUACCACAGCAGGGAGCAGUGCGUCAUCAGGUUCCACGUGGACAUGGCCUUACACGGGCCACAGCUAUGGAUCAGCAAGCAUGCUGAGUGUGUGUCUAUCUACCGAUACUUUAAGACCUUCCUCGGCAUUUUCCUCUUCACUGUGCUUCUGGGUCUGGGAAUCCUGGCUGGAGUGCGUUUGCUACUCCGUGGCAAGAACUGGUCGCUGAGGGGGCACGUCGUCCAGCAGUAUGAUGUCAGCAGUAAGGUGUGUGUUUGUCUGGAACCCAUCCUAUGCACCCACCUCCAGCGAGAAGACGAUUACCUACAGACGCGACUGUCUCCAUGAGCACCCCAUGGAGAUGCACAUUCACAUUCACAAAAUGCCCCUGCACGACAUCUGUCCUUGAGAGGCAGAGGGAAAGAAAGAAAGGACGCGAGCAAGAGCAAUAAGCAAACGAAUGCGGAAAGCACACUCCAUGUUUUUUUUUUUUUUCUGUGGUUUUGGAGUUGAUUUCAGUCUUUGUGCAUGAGGUGCAACUUUAUUUUGGUCUGUUUGGUACUUUUAGUACUCUAUAUAUUUCAUACAGCCCCUGCUAUUAAUUGACCUCUGCCUGUUUAUGUUCUUGGAUGAGCAAUGGUACUGGAUUAUUUUUUUUUAUUAAGUUAAAAAUAAGUUAAGGUUUUAUUUAAGUUUGUAGUGUUUAUUUAAGUCCGUUUGUUGGAAUGUAACACUAAGAUUUCUUCCUUCAGCACUACGUCACAGCCAUAGCAGACCUCAAGUUGAAGCCAGUUUUUUUAGCUCGCGUUAGACUGCCAUCUUGUGGGAGAUUAGACAAGACCAAGAAAUAUUUAGAAUUAGAGUGGCAUUUACAGUAGGUACUUACAGUAAUAUACAUCACCGGGUCUUAUCCGUGGACAUAGAGAACCCCCUGUCUUGCAUGAUUUAGUGUUUCAGAAUGUUAGGUACAGAAAUGUGUGUUAAAGACGAGAAAACACUAAAAUGUUCUCGACAGAUGGGUUUCCCUGGACCACCUUUGGAAAUCUGUGGAACAUGUGUUUAAUCAAGGUACGUUGUUUCUGUGGGUCCACAUUUAACAAAUUGCAUAGUUACUAUGUGUAAAUGUGUGUAUUGCAGCUAUGUAGAGCAUUUGAUUCAGAUGUAAAGUACGCUUUAGUUGAGUGGGUCAUACUUACAGUAAUUACUGCACUUUGUUCAUCUCAAAUAAUACUUUACUUUGGGAUGUGCUGUAAAAAAAAAACUGGAAUUUUACUGUAUGGGUGGUUCAUGUUGGGUCCGUGGUCACUUGGGAUACUCUAUUUCUGUGUGUGUGAGUGUGAGUGUGUGUGGGUGUGUGUGUGUGUGUGUGUGCGCAUUUGAAAAUGUGAAUAGCCAAGUGAGCUGCACUUGUGUGCGUCAAACUACUGAAUUCCAGCGAUGCUCCAUUUCCAUGAGCUGAUGCAGUACUGAUACAGAACUGAGGUUUGUCGGCCGUUCGUCUUUUUUUUGCCGUAGACUAGUUUCAACACUGUUUACAAUCAAAUGUUGUUCUUGACACUAAGUUGUUUAUUUAUUGAUUUAAUAUCGUUUAUUUUUGUUAAUUAUAGAUGCUUUUUUUUGUACUGCUUAGUAGAAUGUUGAACUUGAGGAAUUAAGUGCCAUUAGUCCAUAUUUCAAAAGCAUUAGUAAUAUAUAAAACACUAAAUCAGUAGAUUUGUACUUGAACACAAUGCAACCAUUGAUAGUCUGUGUGCCAGGCAGAUGACUGAACAAUUGGGCAUUAUUCCUGUUCACAGAACUUUUGUUGUUCUGUUGUUUGAUUUGAUUUUACAUACAUUGUUUCAAUAAAAAUUCCAUCACUUGCACUGUUUUGUUUUCACAUUACUUAGU